AUGGGACUAAGCUCUACCUCCUCCAUUCAACUGGAUUCGGGAGAUAACGAUCAUUCCAUGUCACAAGCUCGAGGCUUUAGACAUCAACGCGACAACCGUUCCCAAGCUCCUGCGUUUGGCAGACAAGAGCUCGAGGAUGCGCCCAAUCAAGACGGACCGCCCAGCGUCAAUAUUCGGUCUCCGCGCGAUACAUCAGCAUCAACUAAUAGAGGGUUUCAGUCUACUUUUGGAAGCAACCCUACUCAACUUAGUUUGCAGCACCACGGUUACCUCAUCCAAGAAAGUCCCAAUGACAGGGAAACACUCGACCCGAGAUACCAGCUGCAGAGGAGCAGCUUCUUCACAACUGGAAGAGUAUUCUCAAUCCUUUGGCAUGAAGCUGCAGGCUACAAUGGGACAGUCAUUUCUGCCCGACCUCAAGAAGGAUUCCUUGAAGGCAGGUUCGGGCAACAGAUCUUCGGUGGCAUCCGGCGCAUGGUUGUCGUGAAGCCGCAAAGCAAAUGGGCAUGGUGCUUGCCAAUAACCACCUAUGGGGGCCAAGGAGUGGCCAAGCUUGGUGUCAUUCCCGAACAACAUGCCGUUGUCUACAUGCGUGGAACACGGCCAAGAUAUGGAUCCCACGAGCCACGAAUGACUAAGGACCCCUUGGAGAUUGAGCCAGCAACACCUGACCAGAAAUUGGAUCCUAUGUCCCGGUUGAAUUUCGGCAAGGUUUACACCGUCGAGCAUAACGUCAAAGUGCUUCCUGUUGGGAUAAUUUCUCCAAGAUCCAUGAACGAUUUCAGGGGCUAUGCAAGAACAGAGAUAUCUACGAAUUGA